AGAGCAAAUAAACGUAUAGAAUUAUUUCCCUUUCUCCCUGACAAGAAUAAAAGGAAUGACGUAGCUUGGAAACAAUGACGUAAUUAUCACUAGAGUAUAUAGAUAACUGACAAUGAACUCAUAAAAGCAAAAACAUCGAAAACAAAAAAUUAGCCACAUUGAACUCUCAGCACAUCACUGAUAUAAAAAUGAAUGCCAGCAAAGUAACAAACAUGUCUCCCAACACCUAUAGGAGGCUGCUUGCAGCUCAUGGGAGAUCUUCCUCGGUGGGAGUAUUUGAUUGCUCCACUCAAAUUGAUCCUAAAAAAAUCUUAAAGAUCCUUGAUAGUGUUCAAGAGUCAAGCAAGGAAACUGGUGACAGUGAGACUUCAAAGAAAAAACUGGACAGCGAACAUAUAGUGACCCAGUACCUGGUUGAGAACAUCAAACCUCCAAACGACGCUGUCAUUAACCCUCCUCUAUCUAAGGCCCCUAAAUUCAAGCCACAGCCAAUAACCAGCAGUUACUCUUUCUAUGAGAGGCCCUUCAAGGUCAAUGGCAAGGAAGCCUGGGAGUUUGCCAUGAGGGAUCUUGGUAGCAUUGAUACACUGCUUAAUCGCUAUGGUUAUGUCAAUCCUCAUCUUCGAGGAAAUUUGCACAAGUAGAAAAGAACUUUCACUAGAUCUUUGCUCCUAGCCGAGGACCAUGAACUAAAGCUAUAAACUACAAAGUUCAGAGUAAAGUAUCAUCUAGUCAUGUAUUAAAAUCUUACUGUGGCUUAUA